UUUUUGGGAAUAUGUUGAAAAGAUGGAUGAUGGUCGCAUGAGCUGUAAGUUUUGUGGGCAUUGUUUUGCCAAAGGUACUUCCAUUUCGAGGAUCAAAUUGCAUUUAGCAGGAGUGACAGGCCGUGGUGUUAAAAUUUGUGGACAAGUGCCUCAAGAUGUCCAAGACGCAGCCCUUGCAGCAAUUGAUGGCCCUCCAGAAAAGAAACUUAAAACUGUAGCAGGCUCAAGCAAUAACGAUGUCACUAAUGAAAUUUCAGCUUCAGCACAACAGCAGAACAAUGAAAUGAUGAUGGCACACCAACUAGAAGAUCUUUGGCUCGAAGAUUGGAUGGCUAGCAUCACUGUUGAAGACAUGGAGCAUCUGGAGAGAGGUAGCUUUCAUGAGAGGCCAUCAUUUAAUCAAGCUGAUGAGGUGGAUGUGGAGAGCAAUACUGGAAGAUUUAUGCAGCCUGGUGCAAGAGCUAGCUCUUCUGGAGUCCUAAAUUACAACACAAGUGAGACUAGAGGAGAUCCACUAUCUUGUGCAAUUUCAGCUUCUGCUCAAGAACAUAACAAUAAAGUGACACAUGUAGAAAUGGCACAAGGACAACCUUUUUUCACUAGGGAAAUUGCACGUGAUUUGUUUAGAGGAAGGAGUGAACUUGUGCAUAAUGCACCGGAGACUAGACCACUGACUGAGCAAGCUAGUCCAGAGACUGAGCUUCCAUGGUGUCGUUAUUCCCCUGAGGAGCUUCCGCAUGAUGCAUUUGAGACUAUACCGAGAACAGAGCAAGCGCCGCUUCUGGAGAGAGGUAGCUCUCAUGACAGGCAAUCAAUUAAUCAGGUCUAUGAGCCUCGAGAAGAUUCAUCCCAACCAGCAGAUCUAUUGUGUCUUGGCCACGCAAGAUAUGAUGAUCAACUCUGCUCUCCAGCAGUAAACAAUGAUGCCAUUAUGAAUGAUGUGCAGAACAUGGAUAGAAUGAGGAAAGAACCAGUGGAGAAGGAGGAGGAGGAUAUGGAGAACAAUAGUGGAAGAUCAGUGCAGCCUGGUGCAGGAGCUAACUCUUCUGUAGGGCUUAAACACAACACAAGUGAGACUAGAGGAGCUCCUUUACCAAUCGGCUCUACAAAGCUAGUGGGUCAAGCAUUUGAAGAGAAUAAAAAAGUGAUAUGGUCUUGGUUGAUGGAUGAUGAAGUUUCAACCAUUGGCAUUUACGGGAUGGGGGGAGCUGGUAAAACUACAAUGUUAAAACAUGUCUAUAACGAGCUUCAACAAAUUGCUGAUAUUUUUCCUCAUGUUUACUGGGUGACCGUAUCUCAAGAUUUCAGCAUUCAAAAAUUGCAGAAGAAGAUCGCAAAACGUAUAAAGUUAUCUCUUUCCAAUGAAGAGGAGGAGUUGCUCAUAGCUGCAGAAUUGUCACUAGAACUAAUGAAGAAAUCAAAAUGGAUUCUAAUUUUAGAUGAUUUGUGGAACUCUUUUGAGCUACAAGAAGUGGGAAUUCCUGUUCCAUUGAAAGGAUGCAAGCUGAUUAUGACAACUCGAUCAAAAGAGGUUUGUGGACGAAUGGAUUGCCGAAACAAUAUCAUAGUGAAUCCUCUUUCUGAUGUAGAUGCUUGGACUUUGUUCAGGGAGAUCCUUGGACAUGACAGACAUCUCUCUACAGAAGUGGAACAAUUUGCAAAAUCUAUCACAAAGGAGUGUGAUGGUUUGCCGCUAGGAAUUAAAACAAUGGCUGGAACCAUGAAGGUGGUGGAUGGCAUACACGGGUGGAGUAAUGCUUUAGAACGACUGAGACAAUCAAGAGUUGGGCCAAAUGGCAUGGAAAGGGUAUUUUCAUCAUUGAGAUUUAGUUACACGCACCUAAGCAAUGAAGCUAUGCAAAAAUGUUUCUUGUAUUGUGCAUUUUUUCCAGAAGACUCUGCUAUCAAUAGACUGGAAUUGAUACUUUAUUUGAUUGAUAUGGGAGUGAUACAAGGGCUGACGAGUAGGAAGGCAGAAUUUGAUGAAGGCCAUUCCAUGCUUGAUAAACUUGAAAAAGUCUGCCUAUUGGAAAGAAAACGUCUUGGUGGUGCUGUAAUGAUGCAUGACUUGAUUAGGGACAUGGCCAUCCAAAUACUGGAAGAGAACUCUAGAGCCAUUGUUAAAGCCGGUGCACAAUUAAAAGAAUUGCCGGAUACAGAGGAGUGGACAGACAAACUUACGACCGUUUCACUAAUGCACAACCAAAUUGAAGAGAUUUGUUCCAGCCAUUCAGUGAGGUGUCCAAAUCUGUCAACCUUAUUGCUGUGUAGUAAUCAUAGGUUGCGAUUCAUUGCGGGUUCAUUUUUCGAGCAAAUGCAUGGGCUCAAGGUCCUCGAUCUGUCUAAAACAGCUAUUGAAUGUUUGCCUGAUUCUGUCUCUGAUUUGGUGGGUCUCACUUCACUGUUGCUCAAACAUUGUCGGAGGUUAAGCCGUGUACCAACAUUGAAAAAGCUCAGGGCACUGAAGAGGUUAGAUCUCGCUCGUGCUCCACUUGAAGAGAUUCCUCAUGGCAUGGAAUGUCUAUCCAGCCUGAGGUAUCUAAGAAUGAAUGGAUGUGGCGAAAACAAGUUUCCCUGUGGGAUAUUAACUAAACUCCCUCACCUGCAAGUCUUGAUACUAGGGGAACAGCUUCUACAGGCGAGAGGAAAAUACAUGGGGGAAAGAUAUUUUCUAGUAAAAGUUGAAGGAAAGGAAGUAGGAUGCUUGAGGAAGUUGGAAAGUUUGGAAUGCCAUUUUGAAGAUCACUCUAACUACGUGGAGUACCUCAAAUCUCGGGAUGAGACCCAAUCACUAAGCACAUACAAAAUUGUUGUAGGAAAGUUCAGGGAAGGCGAACUCGGGGAAUUAAAGUACAGUGGUCCCGGAAGUAAAAUGGUUGUUUUGGGUAAUUUGAAUAUCAAUAGAGAUGGAGAUUUUCAGGUCAUCUCCCCAAAUGACAUUCAACAACUAAUUUGUAGAUGUAUCGAUGCGAGAAGUUUAGGCGAUGUUUUGUCAUUAAAGUAUGCAACUGAACUGGAGUAUAUCAAGAUUUUGAAUUGCAAUAGCUUGGAGAGCUUGGUUUCAUCGUCUUGGUUAUGCUCUGCUCCACUGCCACAGCCAUCUCCAUCUUAUAAUGGUAUAUUUUCUGGUCUUAAAAGGUUUCAUUGUUCUGGUUGUAAGGGUAUGAAGAAGUUGUUCCCUCCUGUCUUGCUGCCAAACCUUGUAAACCUGGAAAGGAUUUUUGUUGAAGGAUGUGAGAAAAUGGAGGAGAUAAUAGGUGGAGCAAGAUCGGAUGAAGAAGGGGAUAUGGGUGAAGAAAGCAGCAUCAGAAACACCGAAUUCAAACUCCCGAAGUUGACAGAACUGCGCUUGAAAGAUUUACCAGAACUAAAAAGCAUUUGUAGUGCAAAACUGAUUUGCGAUUCUCUCGAAGUAAUUGAAGUAAGGAAUUGCAGUGUCACAGAAAUCUUGGUUCCAUCUUCCUGGAUUCGCCUCGUAAACCUGGAAAGGAUUUUUGUUGAAGGAUGUGAGAAAAUGGAGGAGAUAAUAGGUGGAGCAAGAUCGGAUGAAGAAGGGGAUAUGGGUGAAGAAAGCAGCAUCAGAAACACCGAAUUCAAACUCCCGAAGUUGACAGAACUGCGCUUGAAAGAUUUACCAGAACUAAAAAGCAUUUGUAGUGCAAAACUGAUUUGCGAUUCUCUCCGAGUAAUUGAAGUAAGGAAUUGCAGUGUCACAGAAAUCAUGGUUCCAUCUUGCUGGAUUCGCCUCGUAAACCUGAAAAGGAUUGCUAUUGAAGGAUGUGAGAAAAUGGAGGAGAUAAUAGGUGGAGCAAGAUCGGAUGAAGAAGGGGAUAUGGGUGAAGAAAGCAGCAUCAGAAACACCGAAGUCAAACUCCCAAAGUUGACAUACCUGAGAUUGACAGAUUUACCAGAACUAAAAAGCAUUUGUAGUGCAAAACUGAUUUGCGAUUCUCUCCGAGUAAUCGAAGUAAGGAAUUGCAGUAUCAGAGAAAUCUUUGUUCCAUCUUUCUGGAUUCGCCUGGUAAACCUGGAAAGGAUUGUUGUUGAAGGAUGUGAGAAAAUGGAGGAGAUAAUAGGUGGAGCAAGAUCGGAUGAAGAAGGGGAUAUGGGUGAAGAAAGCAGCAUCAGAAACACCGAAUUCAAACUCCCAAAGUUGACAGUACUGCGCUUGAAAAAUUUACCAGAACUAAAAAGCAUUUGUAGUGCAAAACUGAUUUGCGAUUCUCUCCGAGUAAUCGAAGUAAGGAAUUGCAGUAUCAGAGAAAUCUUUGUUCCAUCUUUCUGGAUUCGCCUGGUAAACCUGGAAAGGAUUGUUGUUGAAGGAUGUGAGAAAAUGGAGGAGAUAAUAGGUGGAGCAAGAUCGGAUGAAGAAGGGGAUAUGGGUGAAGAAAGCAGCAUCAGAAACACCGAAUUCAAACUCCCAAAGUUGACAGUACUGCGCUUGAAAAAUUUACCAGAACUAAAAAGCAUUUGUAGUGCAAAACUGAUUUGCGAUUCUCUCCGAGUAAUCGAAGUAAGGAAUUGCAGUAUCAGAGAAAUCUUUGUUCCAUCUUUCUGGAUUCGCCUGGUAAACCUGGAAAGGAUUGUUGUUGAAGGAUGUGAGAAAAUGGAGGAGAUAAUAGGUGGAGCAAGAUCGGAUGAAGAAGGGGAUAUGGGUGAAGAAAGCAGCAUCAGAAACACCGAAUUCAAACUCCCAAAGUUGACAGUACUGCGCUUGAAAAAUUUACCAGAACUAAAAAGCAUUUGUAGUGCAAAACUGAUUUGCGAUUCUCUCCGAGUAAUCGAAGUAAGGAAUUGCAGUAUCAGAGAAAUCUUUGUUCCAUCUUUCUGGAUUCGCCUGGUAAACCUGGAAAGGAUUGUUGUUGAAGGAUGUGAGAAAAUGGAGGAGAUAAUAGGUGGAGCAAGAUCGGAUGAAGAAGGGGAUAUGGGUGAAGAAAGCAGCAUCAGAAACACCGAAUUCAAACUCCCAAAGUUGACAGUACUGCGCUUGAAAAAUUUACCAGAACUAAAAAGCAUUUGUAGUGCAAAACUGAUUUGCGAUUCUCUCCGAGUAAUCGAAGUAAGGAAUUGCAGUAUCAGAGAAAUCUUUGUUCCAUCUUUCUGGAUUCGCCUGGUAAACCUGGAAAGGAUUGUUGUUGAAGGAUGUGAGAAAAUGGAGGAGAUAAUAGGUGGAGCAAGAUCGGAUGAAGAAGGGGAUAUGGGUGAAGAAAGCAGCAUCAGAAACACCGAAUUCAAACUCCCAAAGUUGACAGUACUGCGCUUGAAAAAUUUACCAGAACUAAAAAGCAUUUGUAGUGCAAAACUGAUUUGCGAUUCUCUCCGAGUAAUCGAAGUAAGGAAUUGCAAUAGCAUGGAGAGCAUGCUUUCAUCUUCUUGGUCUUGUUAAGCUUCAUCACCAUUGCCAUCUAGUGGUAUGAUUUCCGUUCUGAAUCGCUUUGCUUGUUAUGGAUGAAACCUGAACUUGCAAGCAUUUGUAGUGAAAAACUGAUUUGCGAUUCUCUCCAACAUACUAAUUUUUUUUCAGUUGCUU